UCACAUGAACAUCCAAUGUCAUGUGUCAAACUAAGAAGGUGGCAUUUCUUUAUCCGACCCCUUUUGGCCCAAUUGAGAGCUCUUUUUUUAAAUUGUUCAUAUCUCAGUUCAGUUGCCGUUCCCCAUGUAUAUAUAUUUACAUGACAAAAUACAACGACAGGCGCAAAAUUAUAGGCUUUGUCCUCCACCAAAAUCUAAGUUGUUGAUGUUUGUCAGGCAGUGUUUUCAUGCUGCUUCUCUGAACUCCGUCUUGUUGCUUCAGUUGCUCCUGUCAGAUUGGUGAACACUUUCUUACUUAUGUUUGUUCGGGUCUAAUGCAAAGGUAAACACCAAACCUUGAUGUGUUAUGCCCUGGAAAAGAUGUCUGAUUCACAGACUUCCUUGGAGCUUCCAGUCCUAGACAUUUCUCAGCCGAUUCAGCCAUCCUCUCUGUCUCCGAUAGCCGAUGCCUGUAAAGAAUGGGGUUUUUUCCUCAUCGCCAACCACGGGAUCGCUAAAGUUCUCUACGACAAGCUCUAUACUCUCUGCAAGCAAUUCUUCAGCCUCCCUCCCGACGAGAAACUCAAGCUAGGUCCAUUCUCUUCCGCCAAGACUUACACUCCUCAUUUCAUAGCCUCUCCUUUCUUCGAAAGCCUCCGUGUGUCCGGACCAGAUUUUCUCGCCUCAGCGCAGAGCUCUGCAGAUAUUAUCCUUGAUCAACAAAAGCAAGAAUUCUGCGAGGUAUUGGAAGAAUAUGGAAGGAAGAUGUCGGACUUGUCGAACAAAAUCAUAGAAGUCAUGUUGAUGAUCUUGGGAGAAGGUCUCAACAAGAAAUAUUACGAAUCCGAUUUCAAGAAUUGUCACGGGUACUUGAGAAUAAACAACUACUGUCCUCCUGAGAGUCUAGAAAAUGAGGUUGAAGGACUUGGGAUGCACGCUGAUAUGAGCUGCAUAACCAUCGUGUAUCAAGAUGACAUAGGGGGACUUCAAGUGAGGUCGAAAGACGGAAAAUGGCUGGACAUAAGCCCUCGAGAGGGUAUUCUCGUGGUGAACAUAGGAGAUAUGCUGCAAGCUUGGAGUAACGACAAGUUAGUUUCAUCGGAGCACAGAGUAGUCCUGAAGCAGCCAGCGCAGCGCUUUUCUCUAGCUUUCUUUUGGUCCUUCGAGGAUGAGAAAGUGAUCUCAGCACCUGAUGAUGUGGUAGAAGGACAUGUGAGGAUGUACAAGCCUUUUGUGAGCUCGGAUUAUGUCAAGUUCAGGGAAAGCACGGAGCGCGGGAAGUUCGAGAAGGUUGGCUUCACGGUUAAAGGAUUCGCUGGGAGGAUUGAAGGAGGAGGCUGAAAAGAAUCCUAGUUCUAGUCCAAGCUUACGCUGAUAAACGAAUCACCUUGUACCCUCUAUGGCCUUUUCUCCCUAGUCCAAUGAAGCUGUUAAAUGUGAAGUCA